AUGAUUGGGUUUUGUUACUUUCCAAAACAUGGAAACAAGAUCCCUCAGGUCGACGACACCUUGAUCAAGGUCAUGACCUCUGUCGGCACGAUCGUUGGGCAGUUGUUCUUUGGUUGGCUCGCUGACAGGGUUGGGAGAAAGCGCAUGUAUGGCUAUGAGUUGCUGAUCAUUAUGCUGGCAACUUUGGGCCAGUGUAUCACCGGGCCUUCGUCAGCAAUCGGCAUAACAGGCCUGUUGGUCUUCUGGAGAAUCCUCAUGGGUAUCGGUAUCGGUGGAGAUUACCCCUUGGCAAACAUCAUCACUUCCGAGUUUGCCUCGACCAAAUGGAGAGGCACAAUGGUUGCAGCGGUGUUCUCAACUCAGGCUUUGGGGCAAUUCAUCGCCAGCCUGGUUGCUGUGGUUGUGAUCGCGGCGUUCAGAUCGCAAAUCGACAACGGCAACAAUGUCUGUGAGGACGGUACUUGCACUCAAACCGUUGCUGCACACCUAGCUGUUGAUAGGAUGUGGAGGAUCAUCAUCGGAGUCGGUGCAGUUCCUGCAGCAUUGGCUCUGUAUUACCGCUUGACCAUCCCGGAAACUCCUCGAUACACAUUCGACGUGAAUCGUGAUGUGGAGCAGGGCUUUGCGGAUUACAAAGGAUGGGUUCAAAACACUAUUGGACCGAGGACCGGACAAGGGGAAGUCGACGAUGAGAGAAGGGCGAUUCGUGCCGGCCUGAGACCCGGUGAAACUCUGGGCGGCCUCGAUGCUGCCGUCGUCCCCCAGUCAUCCUGGAGCGACUUCAGACGAUACUUCCGACAAGGCUCCAACGGCUGGAUUCUCCUUGGGACCUGUGGGUCAUGGUUUUUCCUGGAUGUUGCCUACUAUGCCCUUGCGUUGAACAAUACCAUCUUCCUUCAGAAAAUGGGGUUUGGAUCCGUCAACAACAGCGACCCUACAAGAUUAUACACGAUCCUCUGGAACGGCGCGAUUGGAAAUCUGGUUCUGGUGGUUGCAGGGGCUAUACCAGGCUCCAUCUGUGCCAUACUGCUCGUCGACAGAAUUGGUCGCAAAUCCAUUCAAGUCGGAGGAUUCGCAAUGAUCACCAUACUCCUUCUGAUCCUCGGCAGCUCGUUCGAGAGCAUGUCCGACGCUUCACGGGUGGCUGUGUUCGUUCUGAUCCUGUUCUUCGUUAAUUUUGGUCCUAACUCUACAACCUUCAUUGUGCCUGGCGAAUGCUUCCCAACGAGGUACAGGAGUACGUGUCAUGGGCUGGCGGCAGCAUCUGGCAAGAUCGGUGCAGUUUUGGCCCAAGCGCUAACGGGGCCAUUGCGAGGGAUCGGGUUUGAAAAGGGCAAAACAGACGCCUCACCAUGGCUUCCCCACGUCAUCCAGAUACUCGGCGCCUUUGCAAUGCUGGGUUUGCUAUGCUCCUUCCUCAUCCCAGAAACGAUGGGACGGUCGCUUGAAAAGCUGGCCGGUGAAGAACCCAGAGCACUGGAAGGCGAAGAAGCAAGCGACGACGAGGACACCCGUCCGAAGUCGCUACUUGAGCUGAUGUGGGUUUCAUGCACGCCUGUGGUGUUGUUUCAGUGGCUUUUCCGCACCCGAGGCCACGCAGCUGAAUAUGAUGAUAUCAAUGGUAGCAAAGGAGCGCUGACUGAAGAGAGGAUAUCAUUGUCAAUGGUCGGAGCUGCCAACGAGCCGUCCCCUGCAAAACCUGUUGUCCCCGAGGGCGAUCUGUCUGAGCAACAAGGUGACGGUGGGCUAAAAUUACUGGAGACUGAGGUAGAGAGAUUAUCCGGUGAAAGCUCCGACCGAAGAGCCCAUGAUGAUGAAAUCCAGCGGAUCACGUAA